CGUAGUAGCUUUCUGUAAGAAAACCGAAGGGCAAGUCGCUGCUUGGCCACGAUUUUGCAAAUACAACUCGGGUUGUUGCUCUGCUUGGCCCGCGGUCACGUGCGUUGCUGUUUUGUAGUUCUCCCAUUGCCCGGCGGGUUCGAUAUUUGCACGGCUCGGUUUUGUUCUGUUCCUACGUUGUGACUCUUCUGCUGCUCCUGCAGAGUAAGUGACUUUAUUCAUGGAGAUCCCUGCCCCGGUUUUUCUCUUCUUUUCUUAGAAUAAGGCAGCAGCCAGCGAACUGGCUUUGUACUGAACCUUUUGUGAAUACUGUAUAUAUAAUAGUUGGUGAACAGUAAAGGGAUCCUGUGCGGACAUAGAUGGAAAUCGGAUUAAUAUCAGAGGGUAGUGUUUCCCCCCCAUUACAGAAAUUCAGAGUUUUAAUAAAAUAAUGCCUUAUCGAUCUAAAUUGGAGCUUUUGAUUAAGAGUGCAGAUUCACAGAGCUAUUUCUAAGCCUGAGUGUUCCAAGAUUUCAAAACAAAACCACAGAGAAUUCUCUACUUCCAAGAAAAAUUCCCCUCCAACAAAACAGAUAUCUAAAUAUGAGUAACAUGUGCGUUUAUUUUGAAAAUAAUUUUCAGAGAACUCUUUGCUGCUAAUUACAUGAAGUUAGAAGAACUUUUUAUAGACUGACCUGAAAUUAAAUAAAUUACUACAUUGUGAAUUCCACCAUUGCAAGGAGUAUAUGGUAUAGUUUUAGCCUCACAACCACACAGUGAGUUAAGUUCAGACUGAGGAUUAUGUAUGUUUUCCUUUAAUCGGUUUCCCUCUCCCCCAUAAUUUCAAAAUUUAGAAGAGCAUGCUAAGGAAAUGUAACUUUAUAAGUCUAUUAUUAUUUAAGUCUGCAGGUGUUUAGCAAACCAAUGUAUAAACCCAACAUUAAAGAUGAGUCUGUUGAAUUCAUUUCAUAUUUCUGUGUCCAUUCCUGGUAAAUGUACUUACAAACACAUCUUACAUUGCUCUUUUCAGCAAGUGUUUUACAAUCCUUACUUCAUUUCUCUCCUCUACAGUUUCUUUUGGGAGGUAAAGAAUUGCUAUUUGCAUGGAACACCAUUUUCGAUUGGUUUCUCUAAAACCACUCAAUAAAUCCAAGACCAAGCUAAUAUAUUUUUUUCCUUUUGAAAAAGUGUUUUCCCCCUUAUUAUUUCUUAAAUUAAUAUACUGCUCUCCAUCCAAUGAUCACAAGGUACCUUAAGGUAUAAAAACACAAAAAUACAUAACCAAAAUCCCCCCACAUUUAAAUGCCCAUAAAUUGGGGGUUUUCUUCUAAGCAAGUGGGUUUUUUCAUGAGCUCUGUCAAAAUAAUCCGAAACAAUGGAGGCUGUGAGCAGGAAUAUGUUAAAUUGUCAUUUACCUGCAGUAAUCAAGCUUGGGAGAAUUUAUAGAGUUCUAGUCUUGUCUUCUAUAUUUUAUGGUUGCCCAUAUGCCUGAAACAAUUUAAACUGGUAUUUGGUGGGCAGGCCAGUAACUUCUGAGACCUUAUUUGCAAGGCUGAGAAUAUGACAAAUGCUGUGUCCUAGGAAGAACAGUCUACACUUAAGACAAUUUUAGCACAAGGUGCAAAAAGUCAAUUUGUAUCUGAUUUCCAUUCGUUACAAACAUUUACCACAUACAUUUCUCUAUUGCAUUCCAGAAUGGGGUUGGACUGGAUUGGUUUUGGCUAUGCAGCUUUAGUGGCUUCUGGCGGGAUGAUUGGCUAUGCAAAAGCAGGUAUGGUAUUGAUGUCUCCUCACAGUCUUGUUUUCUGGUGUUAAAUAGCCAUUCCAAACCUGGUGCCCUCCAGCAGUUAUUGGACUCCAGUUCCCAUCAGCUCUAGCUAACAGAACCAAUGGUCAGGGAUAAUGGGAGUUGUAGCCCCACACAUCUGCAGGGCACCAAGUUAGGAAAAGCAGAAUUAUAUUCUCUGAAAUGGAGGUCCCUCUUGUAAAAACGGAAAACUUCCAACUAUGCAUGCCUACUAUCAGUCUAUAUACAGAUAUCAAGCUGCUGUUACUAGUUUUUGCUGUAGGGUGCUGAUUAGCAGUUGUAGGGAACUGACACCCUUCCUACGAGAAAGUGCGCAGGCAGAGCUAUGCUGAUAAUCUACAGUCUCAAGACCCAAAACGUUUGCGUGUUGCAAGCCACAUUGUUUUCCCCUGACUUGCGCACAGUGCCCAUCGAGGUGUUACAUAUUCACUAAAAUUUUACUCAGAGUAGUACUGAAAUUAAUGAAGAUUAGGUCCAACAAUUUCAAUGGGGCUACAUAAAACUAAGUUAAAUACCACCCAUGGUUAUUUGAACAAACAUGUUGCUCUGUGAUUCUGACAUGUAGAUUUUCACCUCUGCAGCACAGCUAAACAGUGUAUCUUGUGUUGCAAUGGCAUAUUGUUAGCAUUGACAGAACUUACCUACUCUGCCUAGAAACAAGAACUUCCUUAACGUUUUGAGGGAAGCAGAAAAACCCCUCAGAAAAAAACAAUAUGUGUUUUCUUACCAAACCUAACACACGCAUGCAACUACCUAGGCAGCAAGUAAUGUAUUUUGUGUUCAUAGAGGGAAAUAAUUGUGGGGUUUUUUUUUCUCCCCAUGUUUUUUUUUCCCUACAGAUGAAUAAUUUAACAAGAAAGGUCUCUCAAGAACUGACGGUAGCAGUUCUGUAACAAUAGCCGUUCGGGGCAUACUUUUCUCUGGGCUUGCAUGUAUAACUUCCAUUAACCUUGAUGGAAAAUCGAUUUAUUGAUUUGUGAUGAUAAUCUUCACGAGGGGCUUCUUACAGGAUUCUUCUUGCAGCAUUUUGAGUAGUUGGAAUGAUGGUUAGAGACAUAAUGGUUGCUGAGAAUAAGUGUCAAGGUGGGGGGGUGAACCCAGAUGGAUUUUUUUUUUGUUUCUUUCUUUUGUCCUUCAUUUUAACUUUUCUGUGGCUGGAAGGCAAGCAAAUCGAAAUUUAAAAGAGGGAAGCAACAACCUAAUGCCAUGUUUUUUAAGAUAUCUAGGAGAAGAGAUCUAAGUAUUUGAAUUCCAGGACUGGCUUUUUAUUCACAAGGGCAUUAUGAAAAUGACAGAUCACACACUGAUUAUGAGAAUAACAAAUCAUUCCAAGUCAUUUCAGUGGCAUGAUGGAAGGAAGGCAGAAUGCCUAGACAGAAAAUACUCAAGGCUGUUUUAACAGUGCCCUUGAUGCUUCAAGUCCAAUUAGGUUUGACCCGCAAAUGGAACAAGUGGUGUUAGAAAUCGGUGCUGAGUGCUCCCUUAAGCCUUAUUAAAGGGACCAUUCACCAGUAGCCAAAGGUGGUGACAUUUCAUCAAUUUCGUUUGCAGGUCACCUCUUUAUAUAUAAACUGAUAAUGGAAGUAGAAGCAGCCUCCUGAGGCCGCUUUCCUAGAAUAGUGCAGGAUUAUCCUUUGCCCAGAGUAACUGUACUAAGGGCUCAUUUAAAAGGACACUAAAGUGAACGUUGAGUCACACCAAAGUAAAUAUUGAGUUUUACUAUGGGGAAGUUGUGAGGAGACAACAGAAAGAACAGGGGGUAUGUGCUUGUUUGCUUUUUAAGGUAGAUUUCUAUUUCUGGUUUGUAGGCUAGCCCGAUGUAAUGUCAAACUUCGAUGUGAUCAAACCAUAAAGUGAGAGAGGGAAUCAGAGUGCCUGAGAGAAGGAGCGAGUAUCUAUGUUCAGCACCUGGACAAAAAAACAGGCCAUGGUUUGCUGUUAUAUGUGAACAAUGUCUUCAUCUUUGAGUAGAUGAGCAAUACUACUAGCCUUUUUUAUUAUGUGAAAAAUAUGUUCAUCCUUCAAGUAUUUAAAAGGGGAAAUUUAAAUAGUUGGGGUAAACCUUACCUGUUUCCCAGAUGGCACAUAUGAUUAUGAGGUUAGCAUAGUGCACUGGUUUUCCAUCUGGUGGGCUGCAGCCUGAUUCAAGGUGAGUUGCAAUAGGAGUUUAAAAAUGGGUCCUCAAAUGCAUGUUUUGAUGACAAGUGGGUUCUUAGUCUGAAUAGGUUAAAGAUAUCUGGGACAGCAGAUAUCACACAUUUUGUAAGGCAGGAUUUUUCAUGUUUUUCAGACCUAGGAUUCACUUUCAAUACCAACAGGCAACAUUGCACCUACUCAAUAUUUAUUUUAUUUUUUUACAAUAUACAGUCAUCUUUCUCCUCUGUUUUUAGCAUGCACUACCUUCCUUUGCCUUCACUUACCAAAACCUUCAAAGAAAAUGGUGGUCCCACUGGUGCGACCAACUUUGGUGUGGCUUACAUGCAGAUCUGACCCCACCAGUUCAGGGCUUGCGCUAUAAAGCAUCAGAUCAAUUCAAAUAUUAAACAUUUGAGCAAUGCUUUUUUUUAGCUGAAAAUUGAUUAGAACAGAAUAAAUUUUGUUGGUUUGGUUUAUAUACCCCGUUUGUAUCUACAGCUUAACAAACAUUACUUGUUUUAUUUAUUCCAGGUAGUGUCCCAUCUUUAGCUGCUGGCCUUCUUUUUGGGAGUUUAGCAGGACUUGGAGCUUACCAGCUUUCUCAAGACCCAAAAAACAUUUGGCUUUCACUGAGUAAGCAUAACUGGGAAAAUGUGUAUAUGUGAAUUACGUAAAAAGUAACUCUUAACCACAACCCUUUGAAUGCAUCUAAUGCAUUUUAUUUCAUUGGUGUACUCUAACAACAGCAACAAAACCACUUGAUACAAGCAGCAAAGUUAAAUACAGUGGUACCUCUGAUUAAGAACUUAAUUCGUUCUGGAGGUCCGUUCUUAACCUGAAACUGUUCUUAACCUGAGGUACCACUUUAGCUAAUGGGGCCUUCCACUGCCGCUGCACGAUUUCUGUUCUCAUCCUGAAGCAAAGUUCUUAACCCGAGGUACUAUUUCUGGGUUAGCAGAGUCUGUAAACUGAAGCAUCUGUAACCUGAAGAGUCUGUAACCCGAGGUACCACUGUACCAAUUUUAUCAGGCGGCUGAUUUGGAAUAAAUAUGGGGUCCUUUCUUGUGGUGUGUUGUGUGUUGUACCAGGAAGCUGAUUCUGAAGCACACAUAAUUCAUCAUUUGAUGAAUUAAACGAAUUCAUCAUUUGAUGAAUUAAAUGAAUUCACCAUUUGAUGAAUUAAAGCAAUCCUAAACACACUAACUAGGGAGCAACCCCGUCCCAACACAGUAGGACAUCAUCAUGGAUGGUGGGAGUUGUAGUCCAUCAUCUGGAGGACAGCUGGUUCUCCAUCCCUGCUCUGAGAUAUAUCCCAUGCUCCCAAUUGUGUGCUGUGAUGCAACUUGCAAUUAGGAAAGUGCCUCUGAACAUUCCUUAAGAGUACAUUUUCUCAGCUGCUUAGCCCAAUUGCACAGUAGCUUUUUCACUAGUUUUCUCCGAGGUUAGAUUUUAGGUAGAAGUAGAUUAUUCAUCUUACAGUUCAUCAUUUCUGUCUGGCAAUAAUAAUAAUAAUAAUAAUAAUAAUAAUAAUAAUGUGUAAUUUGAACUUGGUGUGAAAUUUCUAGAGCAUUUUGUUGAUUAGGUGGUCAACAAAUUUUCAAAAUAAAUAUUAAAUAAUUGUUUGGUUGAAGUUGUUACUAAGGAGUGUAAAACGGUUACAUUAGUACACAUCUUUGAGCUGUGUGUGUGUCCUUGUUUGUUUGCACAUGUGACAUAAUAAAGUUGAUAACUUGGCUUUUUUAAUCAUUGCCCUCAAGUGGGCAGAAACACCCCUGAUAUAAUGCUGCUUCUGUUUCUAUCUUUCAAUUAGUUGCUUCUGGAACCUUAGCUGGUAUUAUGGGCAUGAGAUUCUACAACUCGGGGAAAUUCAUGCCUGCAGGACUGAUUGCUGGUGCAAGGUAUUAUGCUCCGUGUUUAUUUUAUUUAUUUUGCUUUUGACAUUAAGGCUGCAUUCCUGUUGCAUACAUGCCAGUUAAAAUCAAUGGGACAUACCGGCACAGUUAGGAUCAGGCUGUAAUUUUAGUUUUAUAGAAUUGCAUUCUAGGAACUGUAUUGCAUAACACUUUUUUGGGAUAAGCAAUUUUGUUGUGCAUUUCGGUACUUUUUAUUAGAUAAGAGCAUUUUAUUAAGCAAGAUCUGGUUUAGGUUGACCCAUUCUGUGGCUUUCAAGAUUAUACAUGCCGGCCACCUUUCGAAACCUUCUCUUCUCCCCCUGCUCCAUCUCCCAUUAUCUAUAUUCCACUCAUUGGCAACCAAAGCCUCCUAUGAGCCAUCCCUUCAGCCAAUCAGCAGUUGACUUGUUGAUAGCUUAAUUAGAAUUCUUAAGUCGCCUUUCUUAAACAUGUCCCAAGGUGAGUUAACAGAUAUACAAAAUACACAACAUUGUAAAAUGAAACAACAGUGAAACCAUAUAAUACUAAAAGCAUGCAUUCCAUAUAAAUUAACAAAACAGAACUGGUGUACUCUGAAGCCAAAUCAACCUGGUGGCUACGUCUGCAUUUCUCCAGGAAGGGAGAUUUUCUCAUUUGCACUGUAGACCCCUUGGGAGAAAUGGGGGUACAGACUGUCUUAGCACUGCCAAAAAAUGAGACAAGCAUUACCUGGUCCUGAGGAACUGCAUGGUUCCAGUUUGGGAAGGCUGAGAGUUGGGGCUACUGACAUAAUAGAGAACUACUGGACAACAUGUUUGCUUUCUCCCAUUUCUGUCCCAGCCUCCGAAAUAAAAUAUUGGAGGUGUGUUGCACAGUCAGAAGAGCAAUUGUGUAGGAGGCGGCUUCUCACAGUUCUGUCAUAUAGAUAAACUUGACUACGUUUUCCUUUAAAGCCUGCUGAUGGUUGGGAGACUUGGACUGAAGAUAUAUGAGAAGCCACAUGAAGGAUAACAGGACCUCACACGAGGCUUGAGACACAUGGAUAAGAAGACUGAAUACCAGGCACCAGGAUGAAUUUGCUAUGGGAAAGAGAAGGACAAAGAAAGAGCACGCCCUAAAUAUUGAGGGCCCUAAUUUUUAAAAACAUAUGAUACAGGUCAUUGACAGUGUCUUAUUGUGUACAGAAAUGUUUCCUUUACACAUUCUAGAAGUAACUACUGUUUAUGAUAUGAAAUUCAGUGUGGUAUAUUUGUUGUAGAUGAAGACAAUGUGUGUUGGCUGGAAAGGCAAAGGCAGGCUUUUGGCUUAACCGAUAAAGAGAUUAUAAAUUAUAAGGCAGCAUGGAAGGCGUGGCUGAAUGCAGUUGUUAUCUGUUCUGCUGCAUGGAAGCAGCAGAGAACAGGGUCAGCCUGGCUUCCACCAUGGCCCAUAUUGCUUUAUUCUUAAAGCUGUGGGAAUAGUCCCUUAUGCUGGUGUUCUGACGUAUACAGUACUCUUCCAAAUUCACGUAGUAAUAACAUUUACAAGAAUGUAUAUCAAGGCGAAUUUGAUAGAGUCUGAGAGCCCUCACCUUACCUGCUUCUUAUAGCAUGUCCAGGGAGCCUUUGUCGCUUCAGAUGUUGUUGGAUUCCAACUCCCAUCAGCCUCAGCCAGUAGGGUCAAUGGUCAGGGAUGAUGGGAGUUGUGAUCCAGCAACCACUGGAAGGCCACAGCAUACUCACCCCUCUUACAUAUAAGGAUGUUUUUGCAGCCAUUGUAAGUCGCUGCAGAUGCCAUCAUAGUUUCAGCGGAGGAGAGGAUCAGGCUUAACCCUGAUGAAGUUUUCAGCUAGGAGCUUGCUUCUACAGAAACAUAAGGGUAAUAUUUUUCUUACCAUGUUAAGUAAAAUGCUACUGGUUUUUGUUUUUGUUUUUAAUUAAACAGAUAGAAUUAUGGCAGUCAAAACUAUUCUUUACUAGAUUGGUAUACUUUUGUGCUCUUCUUUUUUCAAACUUAUUUUUAUUAUUAUUUUUGAAAGAUGCAGUCUUUGAUCAUAUAUCCAUGUCUUAUCUUUUUUAAUAUAAUGAAUUGGUGGGAAAUAUUGAAUUCAAUCCAUAUAUGCUAUUUUCUUACAGCAUUAAACCCUAUGCAGAUG